UGCGGCGGCGGCGACUCAGCGCUGCCUCAGUCUGCGGCGGGCAGCAGAGGAGUCGCGUCGUGCCUGAGAGCGCAGCAGUGCUCCUGGGCCCCGUGAGGUCCGCCCCCGCGGGUCCUGAUCAGACUGCCCCUAGGACCCCCCUGCCCCAAGCCGCAGCCAUGAACUACCUGCGGCGCCGCCUGUCGGACAGCAACUUCAUGGCCAAUCUGCCGAAUGGGUACAUGACAGACCUGCAGCGCCCGCAGCCGCCCCCGCCGCCCUCUGCUGCUAGCCCGGGAGCCACGCCCGGUUCCGUGACUGCCACAGCCGAAAGGUCCUCCACAGCUGCCCCUGUGGCCUCUCCGGCAGCCCCUAGUCCCGGGUCCUCGGGGGGCGGUGGCUUCUUCUCAUCGCUGUCCAACGCGGUCAAGCAGACCACAGCAGCUGCGGCCGCCACCUUCAGCGAGCAGGUGGGCGGCGGCUCUGGGGGCGCAGGUCGCGGGGGCGCCGCCGCCAGGGUGCUGCUGGUCAUCGACGAGCCGCACACAGACUGGGCAAAAUACUUCAAAGGGAAAAAGAUCCAUGGAGAAAUUGACAUAAAAGUAGAACAGGCUGAAUUCUCUGAUCUCAACCUUGUGGCUCAUGCUAAUGGUGGAUUCUCUGUGGAUAUGGAAGUUCUGCGGAAUGGGGUAAAAGUUGUGCGGUCUCUGAAACCAGACUUUGUACUGAUCCGCCAGCAUGCCUUCAGCAUGGCACGCAAUGGAGACUACCGCAGUUUGGUCAUUGGGCUGCAGUAUGCUGGAAUACCCAGCGUUAAUUCUUUGCAUUCUGUCUACAACUUCUGUGACAAGCCCUGGGUGUUUGCCCAGAUGGUUCGACUGCACAAGAAACUGGGAACAGAGGAGUUCCCUCUGAUAGAUCAGACCUUCUACCCCAAUCACAAAGAAAUGCUUAGCAGCACAACGUACCCUGUGGUUGUGAAGAUGGGGCAUGCACACUCGGGAAUGGGCAAGGUCAAAGUGGACAACCAGCACGACUUUCAGGACAUUGCAAGUGUUGUGGCGCUGACCAAGACAUAUGCCACUGCUGAGCCCUUCAUUGAUGCCAAAUAUGAUGUGCGUGUCCAGAAGAUUGGGCAGAACUACAAAGCUUACAUGAGGACGUCAGUGUCAGGGAACUGGAAGACCAACACAGGCUCUGCGAUGCUUGAGCAGAUCGCCAUGUCUGACAGGUACAAGCUGUGGGUGGAUACAUGCUCGGAGAUCUUUGGGGGACUGGACAUCUGCGCGGUGGAAGCACUGCAUGGAAAGGACGGAAGGGAUCACAUCAUUGAGGUGGUGGGAUCCUCCAUGCCUCUUAUAGGUGACCACCAGGAUGAAGAUAAGCAGCUCAUCGUGGAACUCGUGGUCAACAAGAUGGCUCAGGCCCUGCCCCGGCAGCGGCAGAGGGAUGCCUCCCCUGGCAGGGGCUCCCACAGCCAGACUCCAUCCCCAGGGGCCCUGCCCUUGGGCCGCCAGACCUCCCAGCAGCCUGCAGGGCCUCCAGCUCAGCAGCGACCUCCGCCCCAGGGUGGCCCUCCACAGCCUGGCCCAGGGCCCCAGCGCCAGGGACCCCCACUGCAACAGCGCCCUCCACCACAGGGCCAGCAGCACCUUUCAGGCCUUGGACCCCCAGCUGGCAGCCCUCUGCCUCAGCGCCUACCAAGUCCCACAUCCGCACCCCAGCAGCCCGCAUCCCAGGCCACACAGAUGACCCAGGGUCAAGGCCGCCAAUCCCGGCCAGUGGCAGGAGGCCCUGGGGCGCCUCCAGCAGCCCGCCCACCUGCCUCCCCAUCUCCCCAGCGCCAGGCAGGCCCCCCACAGGCUACCCGCCAAACAUCUGUCUCUGGUCCAGCUCCACCAAAGGCCUCAGGGGCCCCACCCGGUGGGCCGCAGCGCCAAGGCCCUCCCCAGAAACCCCCAGGCCCUGCUGGUCCUACACGCCAGGCCAGCCAGGCAGGUCCUGGACCCCGCACUGGGCCACCCACCACGCAGCAGCCCAGGCCCAGCGGCCCAGGUCCCGCUGGACGUCCUGCCAAACCACAGCUGGCCCAGAAACCCAGCCAGGACGUGCCGCCACCUGCCACCGCCGCUGCCGGGGGACCCCCUCACCCCCAGCUCAACAAAUCCCAGUCUCUGACCAAUGCCUUCAACCUUCCAGAGCCAGCCCCGCCCAGGCCCAGCCUUAGCCAGGACGAGGUGAAAGCUGAGACCAUCCGCAGCCUGAGGAAGUCUUUCGCCAGCCUCUUCUCCGACUGACACCCCACCCUGAGAAUCCCCAAAUCCCUGGGCAAACCCUCUCUGGGCCCUGAAUCCAUUAUUCACUUUUGGAAUCUCUAAAUUCCUUGAGAACUCCUCUCCUGGUUCUCCAACACCCCACUUAUCAUUCCUCAAGAUGCCUAAGUUCCUUGUGACACCUGGUCCUAAAUCCAGUUCUCACGUUUGGGAUCCCUAAGUCCUAUUAGAAUCCUGCUCCUGGUCACCUCAAGAUCUACUGUUUUAGAACCUCCAAAUUCCUUAAGACCUCCACUCCCAGUAACCCAAAGAAUAUUUCCUUCCUGGAAGCUCCCAAAUACCAGGCAACCUGUUUCUGGCCCUAACACCACUGAAUGCCCUCCUUGAGUCCAGAAACUCCUGGAAAAACCUAUUCCUGGUCCUAAAUCUCUCCAGCACACCGUGUUCCUCAUCAAAAUUUUCCAAUUCCGAGAAAUCCCUACCUUUAAAAGCCUCUCCAUGGAUCUCCCAUCUCUCUGGAGACCCACAUCUUCAAAUGCUACCCACCAGAGUUCCAUAAAAAUCUCCCUUCACCCUCUUCUCCUCAACAUCAUUCAACACACUGGGAGCUCCUCUCACUUCUAGGACCCCUCGGUUCCCCCAGGGACCCCCCCUCCCAAGUUUCCUGCCUCUGACAGCUGUCUUUAAAUAUGCAAACUCCACCCCUCCACCCAGAAUCCUUUGCACAGGGAAGGCCAAUGGUCUCCCACUUCCCCACCUUUGCCGUGAUGUCUGUGUCUGUGACUGACGUGGCCUCCUCUUGUGCCGUGCUUGGCAUAUGUGGUCCUCGUUCAUCGUGCCGCCUGUGGUGAUGCGUGCAGUGACGCUGUUUGUGUGGUCUGCACCUCCCCCCAACCUCCACUCCUUGCCUGGAUUUCCUCCCCUCAGCGGCUCUGAACCCCAGAGAAGAGUCGGGAAGCAAAAUAAACAAGCAAAGGCCCA